CUGAGCUUGGGGGGGAGGUCGCCUUCCCACCACCCCCCCUCCUCCGCCCCCCAUCCCCUUUUCCACCCCUCCCCGGGCCCCUCCCUCCCCCAGACUCUGCCAAGGAGCGAUCGCAGCUCCCAGCCCCUCUGUGUCCUUCCCCCCCUCCCAUCCCCCCCUCCAGCCGCCACCCGGAUCCUGCCUUGACUCUCUCCCGCCCGGAGAGCGGCGGGAAGCCGGGGAAGGAGCCGGAGCCCGCUGCCGGCCGUGCCCGGUUGGAGAGAGAAGCGGGGACCGCGCCGCCUCGGGACCAUUCCGGGGGCCGCCGCUAGGUGGGGGGAGCCCGGGCCCGGCUACCCGAGAAUGACUCUGGGCAGGAGCCGGAGCAGCAGCGGCGGGAUCAUGUCCGAGAACUCCCCAGAGGAGGAGCCGCUCUCCGAGGUGGAGGACGGGGAUAUCGACGUGGUGGGGCCCCCCCAGGACGGGGCCAAAUUCAGCGAGGAGGAGGAGGAAGAGGAGGAGGAAGACGACGGCGACCCUCUGGGGCUGGCCAGGAGCGGGGCCAGCAGCCAGGCGCGCCUGGGGGGCUCCCCGGAGAGGCGCUCCGCCUCGGAGCCGGCGUGCGCCCGGGGCGCAGCGCCCGGGGAGAAGCCGCCGGCGGCCGGGAAGAACCCGCUGGUGAAGCCGCCCUACUCCUACAUCGCGCUCAUCACCAUGGCCAUCCUGCAGAGCCCCAAGAAGCGCCUGACGCUCAGCGAGAUCUGCGAGUUCAUCAGCGGCCGCUUCCCCUACUACCGGGAGAAGUUCCCCGCCUGGCAGAACAGCAUCCGCCACAACCUCUCGCUCAACGACUGCUUCGUCAAGAUCCCCCGCGAGCCGGGCAACCCGGGCAAGGGCAACUACUGGACCCUGGACCCGGAGUCCGCCGACAUGUUCGACAACGGCAGCUUCCUCCGCCGCAGGAAGCGCUUCAAGCGGCAGCAGCAGCCGCUGCACCCCCAGCACCCCGAGCUCCUGCUGCGAGCCGGGGGGGACCCCGGCCCCUUCCUGCCCGGCUUCCCUUACGGACCCUACGGCUACAACUACGGCCUCCAGCUGCAGAACUACCACCACCCGCACCCGCCCCAUCCCGCGGCGGGGGGCACCUUUCCCUUCCAGCCCCCGCACUGCCCAGCCUUGCCCGGACCUCCGCCCCCGGCCGCCUCGGUCUUCUCCAGCGCCCCCAGCCUGCCCUCCUUCCUGGGCGGCGAGCUGAGCUGCAGGAAACCUUUCUACCACCCGCAGCUGAGCCCCACCGCCCUGCCCGCCGCCGCCGCCCUCCUGCAGACCCUCAAGGCAGACAACAGCCACGGCGGCAGCAGCAGCACUCCCCGGAGGCCUUCUUUUUCCAUAGACAACAUAAUCGGGGGCGCUGCCCCGCCGCCCCACAGCAGCUCCCCCACCUCCUCACCUUACGCCUCUGGCCAAGUUGGGAGCCCGGCUCAAGUCCUGGCCAUGCUGACUCCUGCUUUGGCACCGGUACAGAACCACUUAAACUUGGCCCACGAAUCUCUCCUGCAGCCCGGACAGAACUUUUCCAGCAAAAUCACAAAUCUGAGUAGCUGUCCCUUUUAAAAGAGAUCAAACAAAAAAAGCCCCCUUCAAAAAAAAAUGCCCUCCCCCCAAAUUCUCCUCCUGUUGUGUUUUAAGGUAGGAAUUCUUUCUCUCUUUAUUUUUUUGGUCUUUUUCGCAUCCAGAUCUCUGUAUCUCUUCCCUUUGCUCGAAAAAGAAUUCUGAACUACCCUCCACUCUCCAAAAGUGUAUUUAUGAAGUGUCCAUAAU